GUUCGUCACGCCGUGGUAAGUACGAAGUACAGGAUACAUAUGUGCCUACGCCUGUGGGAAUGGAUGUCGGUACAUGCCGUCCGUACAGGUGAACCAGGUAAAGAGUGAUGAGCGCCCGUGGAAUUAAAUGUGAAAUGUGAGAGUGGGAGUGAGAGUGAAGUGUGAAGUGUGAAAGGAAGUGAGAGUGAGGUGUGAUGAAAUAACAAGACGCCUAGUCUCAAUCCAUCAAUGGGAAAGACGCGUGACCUUGGAUUGGAGAAGCUAGAGACAGAGUAUCUCGAGUAUGAGACAUUCUCAUCAAGACAAUCUCAUCUAGACAUUCUCAUCUAUACCCAUACCUCCCUCCCGAGCGCCAACCUAGCACGUGCAAUUAUCUUUCAAGUACCUAGGUACAGACUCAAUCGAGUAUACACUUCUCCUCACCAUAUCAUUCAUCAAUAUCACUCGACGACUCUACACAGUAUCUCGUCUGGAAAAUUCACAUCAUACAUCAUUCGUCAUUCGUCAUCCAUCAUCCAUCAUCCAUUGCCCAUUGCCCAUUGCCCAUUGCCCAUCGUCUAUCGUCUAUCGUCUAUCGCCCACCGCAUCCCACUCACAUCGACUCACUACAUCGACUCCUACUCCUCCGCCACCCUUCAACCACUUUCCGUACCAUCGUACCUUGCAUCAAUGACCCCUCCCUCAUUCGGCUUCUUUUGUACAACACCACACAUGACUCUCGUUGCGAAUUGAUCAUCAUUACUUGCAGGAAUCAAAUCCUGACCUCACCUCACCUCGCCUCCUCUCCACCCCUCCGUCCCUCCCUUGAAAACAAUUAUACCUGGGUCCACUACACAUCUCAAUCUCUACCAUUUCCGAGCCGACAUCAGGAAUUCAGCCGUCUCGGCUUCCCAACUCCCAAUCUCGGUAUCAACCCUGUUUCUUCACAUAAAAGUUGCAUAUUUCUCCAUGUGGCGUUCUUCAUCCCAAGUUCCAACUUCGGUACCAAGCAAGCAAGUCAACGAAUGCAUCAAAUUCCACACUUCAAUCCUGCAGUGAAACAAUCAAAGACAUCCCAACGUCUUAUCAUCACCACGAUCUAAACGUGUCAAUCAGUCAUCCAAUCUUCACCAUAGUUGUGUAUUCUUAAUUUUUAAUCCUCUGGUACCACCGUACCUUUGACUUUCAUUGUUCUUUCGUCAAAUUCCCUGAAUCUUUUCGCGCCGAGGUCAAAAUUGCUACGGCACGGGGUUUUUACCUUCUCCAUCUUCCUCCGCAUUUUCAUCAAAACAUCAUUCCGGGGGUGAAUACCUAAAACGGAUGUACCCCCCUCGAUUGGGUUAACUCAUUCAAUUCAGCCAGCUCUCUCUGAACCUUGUUUAUAUCAUCUGAUGAUAUAAUUUAUUCCUUUACGGCGAUUGCAGAUUUAGUGUCUGCUUCCUGGGAUAGUAAUGCUGAUCUUUGAUAGCCACACAGGUAGAGACUUUGAUGCCCAAAGACUAUUGACUACAAAAUGCAAAAAUUACCAUUGAGGAAGCCAUAUCAAAGUUUGGAUAGAGCAAUUCCGCUAAUACUGCGACCGCUAUUUCGAGCCUACAUCUUAGGUUAUGCAUCAAGUGCGGGACCAAGAUUAUUAACCCUUUUUUUGGUUCACUUGAGUCGACAUCGGAAGAAUAUUGAUCCAAAACCCGAAGGUGAAGAUUAUUUUUGGAGUUCAUUAGUUGGAAUUUUGAAAGGGGGUCUAGAGAUACAAAGGUUUCCAACGUUUUGUGCGGCGCUGGUUGGAGGCAGUACUUUAUUACAGAUUCCUUUACGGGAACUCUUUGAGAGGUUAUUGGGAAAUCUAUCUGUGGUCACUCAGCUAAGGCUCACUCGCUAUCUCUCAACCUUCAUAUCAGCUUACUUCAGUCUCAAAUUACUUCAAUCCCGUCCAAGUAAAACCUUCACUGAAGAUCUAGCAUUUGAAACCAAAAAUGGUAUCGAAUUACGGCCUACUAGGUUCGCGGGAAGAACUCUAGACUUGACGUUAUUUUCUUUUACUCGAGCUGUUGAUUGCAUAGUUGGGGAAUUAUGGGCUAGGAGGAAGAGCCGGCGACAAGCUUCUGGCAGGUGGUCGAGGGUAGACAGAACAAUCUCAUCCCUCACAGACCCAACUUUGUUCGCCACAUCUUGUGCUUUAACAAUGUGGGCUUUCAUUUACACACCCGCUCGUCUUCCUAGCGCCUACAACAAAUGGAUCAAAUCCGCUGCUCAAGUGGAUUCUCGUCUGCUAAAAGCUCUCCGCUAUUGUCGUUAUGGUGAACUGAAAUAUGGAGUCGAAACAGGUCAAGCACAUCUCCUGGGAGAUAUGUGCAAAGAUUAUGGUUUACCGGAAGAGUAUGGGGACCCUACAAAAUCCAUUCCAUUCCCAUGUGAAUUAGUCCACAUGGGUGCUGGUCCAAGCUGUGAAUUUCAUGCGGUGUCUAGAUUUUAUAAAUCUUUUAUUUGGUCUGCUUCAAUGUAUUUGCCACUAAACUUGGCACUUAUUUUCCGUAACCCCAAAAUUUCGAAAAAAGCUCUUACUCAUGCCCUCAAAUCAUCAGCUCGAUCUUCCGCUUUUCUAUCCAGUUUCAUAACACUUUUCUACUAUGGUAUCUGUCUGACUCGUACGAAAUUUGGUCCUUAUAUUCUUGGUACAUCUCCCCACGCCUGUCAAGCCAUCGAUUCAGGAUAUUGUAUAGGAACCGGAUGUUGGAUGUGUGGAUGGAGUGUACUGAUAGAAAAUGCAAAGCGGAGGGAAGAAAUGGGAUUAUUCGUAGCACCGAGAGCACUAGCUACGCUUCUCCCAAGGAGGUAUAGAUGGGAGGAGCAGUGGAUUGAGAGGGCAGUUUUUGCUUGGGGGACGGCGGUUGUCUUUACGUGUGUGGGAGAGAAUAGAAAUGGAAUUAGGGGAGUUCUGGGAAAGGUUGUGGGUGGGGUUUUACAUUCUGGAGGUGGCUUUUAGGCAGGGAGUUCGAUUUCGAUGGGGCAUCACGGCGUUUGUGGCAUACUUGUGAUAGGCUGAAGGUUCGACAUUAUAUAGUGCCCCUUCAAAACUCCAUUUGAAUGUUUUCGCCAUUCGAGACAUGAGUGUGACUUGACUUUACAUGACUUGUGGGAUGGCAGUAAUACCCAGCGCUGGGUGUCGGUGAACAAUGGUUUGAAAGUUCUAGCCAUGGAACGCUUUUGCUGUAAUAAGUUCGGGAUUUCCUUGGCUCGAGAUUUUCGUAGUUUCAACAGCAAUGUGAUGGUAGUCUUCGAAACUUUGGUCUUUUGACUUUGGGCAAGGCAAGAAAGAAGUUGUUCGAUUAAUAUGUAAAACAAAUUGAUUAAUA